AUGACUCAAGCUGUUGUUCCCUCUACCAGCGCUGUCCUCCACCGAGACACCCGCUUCAUUCCCAAGAAAGCCAUCGGCGGAAAAGGAAGCUACAUCUUCCUCGAAGAUGGUCAAAAAGUCCUCGACUCAACUGGCGGUGCUGCAGUCUCUUGCUUGGGCCACGGUAACGAGAAGGUCCAGAAGGCUAUGAUAAAACAGAUCAAUGAGCUGUCGUAUUGCCACUCGGCCUUUUUUGGAACGCAGGCAUCGGAAGAUCUUGCUAGGUUGCUUGUUGACUCAACCGGCGGAAAACUUUCAAAGCUUUAUGUUUCUAGCUCUGGCUCUGAAGCGGUAGAAGCAGCCCUAAAACUUUCCCGCCAAUACUACCUCGAACUAUCCACGCCGCAACCCCAACGUACCCGAUUCAUCUCCCGGCGUCCAUCUUACCAUGGAAUCACACUUGGUGCUCUAGGUGCAGGAGGUCACCCCCUCAGACGUGAGCCAUUCGAGCCCCUCCUGGCGCAAAACACCUCGCAUGUCUCCCCAUGUUUCGCAUACCGCGGGAAGCAAAAAGGCGAAUCAGAUGAAGAGUAUGUUGCCCGUCUAGCGGCAGAGCUAGACACAGAGUUCCAACGCGUUGGACCGGAUACUGUAUGCGCGUUUAUCGCAGAGCCAGUCGUUGGCGCGUCUCUCGGCUGCGUCCCCGCAGUACCCGGCUACUUCCAAGCAAUGAAAGCCGUCUGCCAGCGCUACGGCGCGCUUUUCAUCCUCGACGAAGUCAUGAGCGGCAUGGGCCGCUGCGGCACCCUCCACGCAUGGGAACAAGAAGGCGUGGUACCCGAUAUCCAAACCAUCGCCAAAGGACUUGGCGGUGGCUACGCUCCCAUUUCGGGCGUGUUGAUUGCAGAACACAUCGUGCAAACCAUGGACAAGGGGACUGGUGCCUUUCGCCAUUUCCAGACGUACCAGGGACAUCCGAUUGUGUGUGCGGCGGCGUUAGCGGUGCAGAGGGUUAUUCAGGAGGAGAAUUUGCUUGAGAAUGUGAAGAAGAUGGGGGAUUAUUUGGAGAAGGGACUGAAGGAGAGGCUCGGUGGGCAUCCGCAUGUGGGUGAUAUCAGAGGGAAGGGUUUGUUCUGGGGUAUCGAAUUCGUCAAAGACAAGAACACAAAGGAGCCCUUCGAUCCGGCGAUGGGUAUCGCAGCGCAGGUCCAAGAAACGGGCUUGUCGCCAGAAUAUGGCAUCUCGCUGUAUGCUGCUGGAGGAACGGUGGAUGGAAUCCGAGGAGAUCAUAUUCUUCUGGCGCCGCCUUUUAAUGUGUCCAAGGAAGAAAUUGACUUUAUAGUUGGUACUACGGUGAAGGUUGUUGAGGAUGUUUUCAAAUAA